UGAUAGAUUUGUAUUUAUCUUUUUCCUCUGCAGAAUUUACACUCCCAAUUAUUUUUCUUUCAAUUCCACAUUUAAUAACCAUAAAUAUUGAAUAAGUAAAAGUUUAUUUUAAUCUAAUACUAUUGGUCAUAACCUUAAACAUUUAUAACAAUGCGACGUCGAGCUGGUUUGGGUGCAAUUCAACAGCAACAAUAUGAAGCUGAAAAAUAUAAAGAUAAAGGCAAUGUUAUGCAGGAAUCUCAAAUGGAACAAAUGACUAAACAAUUAGAAGUUUUUCGCGUUAAGCUCGAAGAAUUUGCAAUGAGCCAUAAGAAUGAAAUUCGUAAGAAUGCUCAAUUUCGAAGGCAAUUUCAAGAAAUGUGUGCAGCGAUUGGAGUAGAUCCAUUGGCUACGGGGAAGGGUUUCUGGAGUGUUUUGGGAAUGGGUGAUUUUUAUUAUGAACUCGGAGUUCAGGUCGUCGAAGUUUGUUUGGCAUUAAAUGAAAAAACAGGUGGUCUCAUGGAACUCGGGGAACUGAGGAAUAGAUUGGUAGCUUCGAGAGGUAAAAGUGCAGCCCAUCAGGAAAUAACACAAGAAGACAUUCUAAUGGCUACCAAAAAACUUAAUAUUUUUGGAAAUGGCUUCACAGUGUACAAAGUCGCCAAAGGCAAGUACAUGGUCCAAUCAAUCCCUGCCGAAUUGAGUCUAGACGAAGCUGCUAUUCUCACUGCCGCAUCAAGUAACGAACAAGGCUUUGUAACCAUCUCAUCGCUCAUGAAGCAACAAGGAUGGACUGAAUACCGAGCUAAACAGGGUAUUGAAAAAACCGUCAGUGAAGGCUUGUGUUGGAUAGAUGACCAAGGUGAAGAAAAAAUGUAUUGGUUUCCCAGUUUAUUCCCAGGACGAACAACAACAAUUAGUUCUUCUUAAAAGCGAUUUAUUUAUUUUUUAAUCAAUAAAACAACAAAAACAAAAGGUAACAAAA